UUUUAUCAGUGAAAAGCCUAUUUAAGCAUGCGUGCCAAAUGACCUCACAUUUAUCUGGAGGGUUUGGAGCACAGGUCAAGUUUUUGAGAGGUGCUCAUAUAAACACCUGCAUCUGCACUACAGCCCACGAUUCUCUCAGGCACGUCAACAUGUGGGCAGCGCUGGUCUUACUGUUUUGUCUCACGUCAUCCGGGAGUUCACUCCCUCUGAAGGUAGAGAACGGCACGGUGACCGUGCGCACAGAAGACGGGCUACUGCGCGGGCAAGUGGCCUUGUCAGCCUGGAACAGGACCUACCUCAGCUUCCAGGCCGUGCCGUUCGCGCAGCCGCCCGUGGGGGAACUGCGCUUCAAGUCGCCCAAGCCGGUGAAGCCGUGGACUGGCGUGAGGGACAGCCGGGAAGAGGGCACCUACUGCGUCCAAGAUGUCCAGUUCCCCACCACGGCAAACAUCUCCGAGGACUGUCUUUACCUAAACGUCUACGUGCCACAGGUAGCGUCUAAUGCUUCCCGAACCGGUGGCCUGCCCGUGAUGGUGUGGAUCUACGGAGGAGGAUUCACUGGCGGAGGCGGGGUCAAGAGCAUUUAUGCACCGGACAACCUGUUGAACCGUUCCUCCAUCUUGGUGACCUUCAACUAUAGAGUGGGCGCUCUCGGGUUCCUGAGCAUGGAGCACCCCGACGUGACCAGCAACGCUGCCCUCAAGGACCAGGUGGCAGCACUGCGCUGGGUCAGGAGGAACAUCGCGCACUUCGGCGGCGACCCUGACGAGGUCACCAUCUUCGGGGAGAGUGCCGGCGGGAUCAGCGUCGACAUGCACCUGCUCUCGCCCAUGUCCGAAGGUCUGUUCAAGCGCGCCAUCUCGCAGAGCGGGUCUGCGCUGGCGGUCAACUUCAAGCCACGCUACAACGCCACCGGCGAGGCGUUCCGCCUGGGCGCGGCGCUCGGGUACAACGGCACGGACGCAGACGAGCUGGUCAGGUUCCUGCGCUCCGUGCCCGCGCAAGACAUCCUCAAGGGGCAGAAGCUGGUUGGCGCUGAGGAGGGUGCCACUGCUACCACGCUGAUCGCCUUCCCGGUCAUCGAUGCCAAGACGCAAGAGGGCAGCGAGGUGUUCCUCACAGACGUGCCCGAGAAGUUGUUCCGAGCCGGCAAGGUCCACCCCGUUCCUUACAUAACGGGAUUCAACUCGGAGGAAGCAAAGGGAGGCUUUACAGAUCUCACACAAGCAGACAUGGAUAGUUACAACAAGAAUCUGGAACAGUUCAUUCCGAAAUCUUUGAACAUGGAAAAAGGAACUAAAGAAUCUCUUGAGCUUGCGGCAAAGAUUAAGAACUUCUAUUUCGGAAACAAGUCAAUAAGUUUUGACACGCUGCCACAACUAGUUAAUCUUGCGUCUGACAACUUCAUGAUCUACCCGGUGCACAGAAGUGCUAUGCUUCACGUGAACUACGGAUCGUCACCUCUCUACAUGUACAUGUUCACAUAUUACGGUACAUUGAACCUCGAUUCCGGAAACUACACCAUUAAAGGAGCGGCUCAUGCUGACGAUUUGCAUUACUUCUUCUACCAGGGCAGCAAACUUUACAGUAAUGCAACCAGUGACGACAUGAAGGUCAUCCAGCACUUCACCGGCAUGUGGACGGACUUCAAUCGGUUUGGGGACCCGAGCAGGCACGAGUCUGUGAAGUGGACUCCAGCGACCAAGACAAGCCGCACCUACCUGCAGAUAGACGCAGACCUGAGUCUCCACCGGGACGCGUACAAGGAGCGCAUGGCAUUCUGGGACCAAGUGUUCGACACCUACAAGAAAGAUGUCAAGUUUUCGAGAGAUGCUCAUAUAAACACCAGCAUCUGCACUACAGCCCACGAUUCUCUCAGGCACGUCAACAUGUGGGCAGCGCUGGUCUUACUGUUUUGUCUCACAUCAUCCGGGAGUUCUCUCCCUCUGAAGGGAGAGGACGGCACGGUGACAGUGCGCACAGAAGACGGGCUACUGCGCGGGCAAGUGGCCACGUCAGCCUGGAACAGGACCUACCUCAGCUUCCAGGCCGUGCCGUUCGCGCAGCCGCCCGUGGGGGAACUGCGCUUCAAGUCGCCCAAGCCGGUGAAGCCAUGGACUGGCGUGAGGGACAGCCGGGAGGAGGGCACCUACUGUGUCCAAGAUGUCAUGGUCCCCACCACGGCAAACGUUUCCGAGGACUGUCUGUACCUAAACGUCUACGUGCCACAGGCAGCGUCUAAUGCUUCCCGAACCGGUGGGCUGCCUGUGAUGGUGUGGAUCUACGGAGGAGCAUUCAUUGGCGGAGCCGGGAUCAAGAGCAUGUAUGCGCCAGACAACCUGAUGAACCGUUCCUCCAUCUUGGUGACCUUGAACUACAGAGUGGGUGCUCUCGGGUUCCUGAGCAUGGAGCACCCCGACGUGACCAGCAACGCUGCCCUCAAGGACCAGGUGGCAGCACUGCGCUGGGUCAGGAGGAACAUCGCGCACUUCGGCGGCGACCCUGACAAGGUCACCAUCUUCGGGGAGAGUGCCGGCGGGAUCAGCGUCGACAUGCACCUGCUCUCGCCCAUGUCCGAAGGUCUGUUCAGGCGCGCCAUCUCGCAGAGCGGGUCCGCGCUGGCGGUCAACUUCAAGCCGCGCUACAACGCCACCGGCGAGGCGUUCCGCCUGGGCGCGGCGCUCGGGUACAACGGCACGGACGCAGACGAGCUGGUCAGGUUCCUGCGCUCCGUGCCCGCGCAGGACAUCCUCAAGGGGCAGAAGCUGGUCGGCGCUGAGGAGGGUGCCACUGCUACCACGCUGAUCGCCUUCCCGGUCGUCGACGCCAAGACGCAGGAGGGCAGCGAGGUGUUCCUCACAGACGUGCCCGAGAAGUUGUUUCGAGCCGGCAAGGUCCACCCGAUUCCCUACAUAAUCGGAUUCAACUCGGAGGAAUCAAAGGCAGACUAUAACGAUCUCACACAAGCAGACAUGGAUAGUUACAAUAAGAAUCUGGAACAGUUCAUUCCAAAAUCUUUGAACAUGAAAAAAGGGACGAAAGAAUCUCUUGAGCUUGCGGCAAAGAUAAAGAGCUUCUAUUUUGGAAACAAGUCAAUAAGUUUUGACACGCUGCCACAACUAGUUAAUCUUGAGUCUGACAACUUCAUGAUCUACCCGGUGCACAGAAGUGCUAUGCUCCACGUGAACUACGGAUCGUCACCUCUCUACAUUUACAUGUUCACAUAUGAUGGUACAUUACACCUCAAGCCAGGAAACUACACCAUUAAAGGCCCAGCUCACGCUGACGACACGCUGUACUUGUUCUACCAGGGCAGCCAGUCGUACAGUAAUCUAACCAGUGGCGACAUGAAGGUCAUCCAACACUUCACCGGCAUGUGGACGGACUUCGCUCUGUAUGGGGACCCGAGCAGGCACGAGUCUGUGAAGUGGACACCGGCGACCAAGACAAGCCGCACCUACCUGCAGAUAGACGCAGACCUGAGUCUCCACCGGGACGCGUACAAGGAGCGCAUGGCAUUCUGGGACCAAGUGUUCGACACCUACAAGAAGUGAAUCCUGUGUGUUCCUGUACAAAAUACAUGUGGCUGAGAAUAAGUAUUACCAUAAAAAAAAAAAAAAUUGUUUUGUAAUCCUACUAGUUAUUUA